CGGGUCGGUGUAAUUCGAGACCACUACUGGCAGCGCCGUCCAAAAAAACUCUGUUUUUCUUUAAAAGCUUUGAUAGUCAACUCGAUCGUUCCAUCAUUCGUUCGAUCAACUUUGUGAUUCUCUUUAAUGCCAUUUCUUUUGUGUCGAGGGCUAGGAAUUUGCAUGUAUUUUUGGUUGCUUGACUGAUGAUUUUUAAACUAUGGCAGCGUGAAUAAUUUAUCCGUUGCUGGCGUCGCCAGACCCCUGGCUCUGCGCGUUAGUGGUAGCAAUUUAUUUUUAGAAGGUCGAGGGGGUAGAAGUAGAGACAUCCUGGUUUUCCAUUUUGUAUGACUGUGAGUCUCUCAACCUUGUUUUCUCCGCUCCCGUCACAAUCUCAUUUCUGAGAGGUCGUUGCGUUCAAUGCAAGUCCUACCUCCAUCGUGCAACUGUUGACUCACGACAAUCAGCGUCGCCGAAGCCAUUGUGUUUUCCCACGGAUGUGUUUGUUCAACAAACCCACAAUUUGUGACGAGCCAAAAUGUUCAAACUCUUAGCUUCAAUCGUGUUCGCCAUAACAUGGAUUUCAAUGAUUCAAGUGGAACCAGCCGACGCUCUUCCGGACGUUAUCUACCUGGGUGGGUUAUUUGACACAACGUCUGAUCCGUCCCUGGAUAUGGCUUAUCGAUACGCCAUGAAAAUGGUCCAAGGUAAUCGACAAAUUCUGCCUCGCUCACGGUUAUCCCGCGUUCCACUUGGUUCCGGCAAUGUCGAAUUCUUACCACCGAAUGAUUCAUUCAUUGCAUCAAAGAAAGUUUGCCAAAUGAUUCGCUUUGGAGUGGCUGCUAUUAUUGGCCCACAGUCGGAAGCGUCAGCUGAUCACGUUCAGUCCAUGUGUCAAACGAUGAAAAUCCCGCACAUUCAGACACAUUGGGAUCCUAAACGAUUGACUGCCAUGGACGUCAUGAAGGACGGUGACCGGAAUAAUUACGCCGGAAGGAAUAGCAACAGUCCGCUGUCUGUCAACUUGUAUCCCAAUCCAGCAUCCGUCAGUCGAGCCUAUGCAGAUGUAAUCAACGGGUGGAAGUGGAAGACUUUCACCGUCUUGUACGAAGACGAAGACGGAUUGAUUCGACUCCAGGAACUUUUGCAAUUGUCCAUCACACCGGGUUACAAAAUCAUUAUCCGACAACUACCCGACUCGGACGAUUACCGACCCCUGCUGAAAGAAAUGAAAAAGAAUGGAGAGCGUAACAUUGUUUUGGAUUGCUCACAACUCAGUCGAGUGUCGGAAAUCCUUCAGCAAGCGCAGCAAGUGGGAAUGACUACGCUGGCUCAAUCUUAUUUCAUCACAUCGCUGGACAUGCACAUUUUGGAUUACGAUCAAUACAAACAAGGCGGAGCUAAUAUUUCGGGUCUUCGGAUGGUCGAUCCUCAUCGAAGGGAAACGGUCGACGUCCUCGGCAAGUGGAACAAUUGGGAGUUGAGCGCCGGCAAGAGCCUGAAUGUCACCGAGAAAACCCUGACGCUAGAAGCGGCCUUAGUCUACGACGGUGUCCAGCUGCUGGCCAAAGCGUUACACGAUAUGGGCAGAAGCCAGGAAGUGACGCCCAAAUCGUUUAGCUGUGACGGAAUCGAUACCUGGGCUCAAGGAAACAACCUAAUCAACUUCAUGAAAACGACUGAAAUAGAGGGACUUUCGGGAACUAUUAAAUUCGACUCGGAGGGAUCACGCUCCAAUUUCCAUUUGAGCAUCGUAGAGCUUCAACCAGAUGGUCUGACGGAGGUGGGGACGUGGAACUCGAUUGAAGGACCCGAUUUUUUCCGACUCCGAUCGGAUGGACAAAGUUUGAUCCAAGAAAGUCUUUUCAACAAAACCCUCGUCGUCACCACCAUUUUGAGCAAUCCGUACUUUAUGAUGAAAGAAUCGGAUCAAAUUUUGGUCGGAAAUGACCGGUUUGAAGGUUUCGUGUUCGACAUUAUCGACGAAAUCAGCCAAAUGUUGGGGUUCAAUUACAUCUUCAAAUUAGUUGACGAUUCCAAUUGGGGAUCUCUCAACAAAAUUACCGGCGAAUGGAACGGGAUGAUUAGAGAACUUCUCGACGGAAAAGCUGAUCUGGCCAUUGCCGAUUUAAGUAUCAAUUACGACCGAGAAUCUGCUGUCGAUUUCACCAUGCCAUUCCUAAACACCGGAAUUAGCAUCUUGUAUAAGAAGCCACAGAAGAAGCCCCCCAACUUGUUUUCUUUCCUCUCGCCGCUCUCGGUCGAAGUAUGGAUCUACAUGUGCACAGCUUACCUGGCCGUUUCGUUAUCCAUUUAUGCCAUGUCAAGAAUUACCCCGUACGAGUGGAACAACCCACAUCCGUGUCGACAGCAGCCGGACAUUUUGGAGAACAACUUUACCAUUUUGAAUGCCAUGUGGUUCACUAUCGGAUCUUUGAUGCAGCAGGGUAGUGACGUCAUGCCCAGAGCUACAUCGACUCGUAUGGUUGCCGGACUGUGGUGGUUCUUUACACUCAUCAUGAUUUCAUCUUACACGGCCAACUUGGCCGCUUUCCUAACAGUCGAGCGUAUGGAUUCGCCAAUUUCUUCCGCCGAAGAUUUGGCCAAACAGACGAAAAUCAAAUACGGAUCGGUGGGAUCUGGAUCCACCUUGGAUUUCUUCCGGUAUUCCACUCUGCCGACCCAGCAGCGAAUGUGGACAUUUAUGGAAACGACACGUCCCAGCGUCUUCGUCAAAAGCACAAAGGAAGGAGUGGAAAGAGUGCAGCGUUCCAACGGUCAAUACGCUUUCUUCAUGGAAUCGACAUCCAUUGAAUUCUUCACCGAGAGGCGAUGCGAUCUGACUCAGAUCGGUUUCCCCAUGGAUUCCAAGGGUUACGGAAUCGCCAUGAGACCCGGAUCGCCGUUUCGAGCUGUCCUCAGCCAAGCCGUUCUGAAAAUGCAGGAAACCAAUCGCUUCAUCAUUUUGAAAAAGAAAUGGUGGACAGAGAUGAGAGGAGGAGGAGCCUGCAAAGACGAUGGAAGUAAAACGGCCGCCAGCGCAGCCGAACUCGGAUUGGCUAACGUGGGUGGCAUUUUCGUCGUCCUCAUUCUCGGCUCUUCGGUGGCCCUGCUGAUUGCGCUGGGCGAAUUUGUAUGGAAAUCACGCAAGCUGGCUCUGGACGAAGUGGACGGAGGCGAGGGCAGCGUCUGGAAGAGCAUGAUGUCCGAAUUGAAAAUCACGCUGGAUUGCUCCAGCGAUACCAAACCCACACGCUCCACACGCUCGCUAACCAAUAACUCUUAAAUAAUAAAAAUAAUACAAUGUCGUUAUUAACGAGGGUGUAAUGGUACAGUGUGUGCAACGAAUAGGAAACAUUUGUUUAUAGCUUUAUAGAAAAGAAAUGUAACUCUAUAUGCUAAUAACCGUCUCGUAUUUUAUGUGAUUAGUUGAAGAGAUGGAAUAGCAGCAGGACAUAAUCCCUUUUGAUUCUGUCUCUUAACAUUUUGACCUGAAAGCCAGCACUGCUGUAAAUCACAUUUCAAGUCCCGUGUAUUAUCAAUGUGAAAAGGAUUUUAAAAACUGAAAGUUUGGAAUCGGAUGAUGAAUUUGACAUCUGCUGUUUGGUACUUAUUUACCCCGUGAAAAAUAAGCCCAACGGUUAUUACGUUCUCUUAUAGAACUACACGAAAUUUGGUUAUUAUUUCUGUUUGUUGAAUUGUAAAAAUACAAAAAGCCUUUUGAGCGA